UUGAUUGAACUUUUGAGAUUGAGUUAAGUUCUCCUCCUACAGCUUACCCCUCAGUGCGUCGAAAUCCAUAGCGUCGCCAAGACUCCAUCAAUCAACAUGAUUCAAAUUGGGAACUGUAGCUGAGAUUGAGAGCUACAACAUAUCCGAGUUUCGCGACAUUCCAACGGCUAGUUUUUUGUCGAAGACGUUUCUUGUGAAGACGAAUUUUUUGUCCAGAAUUUCGGAUUUAUAUUUUGAGUAUUUCUAGCUCCUAAGCACACCUAGACUCUGUCCUUAAUCCCAACACCUGACACAUCGGACAUCGCUCGACAACGAUUGGUCACGGUUGUACCGCCAAUAGCAGAGACGACCAUCGAGCCUUCGAAGAAUUUGAGCCACAGGAUUCGUAUCGACGGCCAAGGACGACACGUUGUCUUUCUGAUACGAUGGACCAAUCGUACCAGUGAGGACGACACGUGGGUGCCCUCGAACCAGAUACAGUCACCUUCGUUACUUGCGAAUUAUUUGGCCUGCAAGCAUGUGGCUGAUAUAGAUCACCUUCGCUAAAGGGGGGGGUGGUGUAAGGAAUUUUCCAUUCCUUACCAAGCAGUACUGCUAUCGCGUACGCUCGAACACACCAGAAGCCUCGGGACAGUUCAAUACCUUUUUAAAAUAACCGCCUCAGCUUUUUCAGACCUUCUAGUUCGACCUUCGGGAGUUCUCUGGGCCUCGCUUCGUCAUUUCGAGACCCUUCGAUCGCUUUCCCGAACCUGCACAUCGCAUGGUUAGACUAGCUCUGGUGUUCCUAUAUCUUGGCUGGCCAUUCCUUGUAUCGUCAUUCCGUAAUUCAACACUU